AUGCACUUGACGGCUCGGCGUCAAGCCGUUCUGCAAGAAUUCGGAAUGAAAGAGGCCUUUGAGAAGCUGGGAGAUUGUCGCCGCUGCCGCGACUUGGACCUUCCAGGCUACGACUCAUUUUGCUCCUCGCCACCGGCGUAUCAACACCUGAACAGCGGAUUUCUCAUGGGCCGCGCAGAGCACGUGCUCCAAAGCGUUAGCGCCUGGUUGAAGCUGUAUAGUAAUCACUCGGAGACAGACCAGCUGGUCGCGCGUGACCUGUUUCUUCAGCACUCAGAUCGGCCAUUUUUGCCUUUCAUGACACUGGACUACAGCGGUGCACUGGUGCUGACCGUGGGGAACAUUCCCGAAUCUGCAAUACCAGAGGUGUUCAGCAUUCGAGAGAAUGGGAUCUACAACCUCCAGACAGGUCUGGUACAAUGCUUCAUCCAUGGUGCUGGCCCAGGGAAGGCCUUCGUAGCGCAGCUCUUACGGAGCCAGCGGUGAACAUCUGAUCAGUGGUGUGGGGCGCUGAGAACUGCUGUUUCCCUUAGCGCGACAGCUGUUCGGAGUGCUCCGCAUCCUCUUUUGUGCCAAAGUGGCGCAAAACGCAGAGGAGGAGUCAGAGGCCUAGCGCUGAAUUCUCUUGUCGCCGCGCCCUAUUGUACAGAGGUCCAAUUUCUCUUCUCUUUUGGUGAGGUCAGG